GUUCAAGGGCAAGAGGUCCGGCGUCUCGGCCUCGCCCGCCGCCGCGGCGGGCGGGGCGGCUGCGGCGAAGGCCGGUACGGUGGCACCAAGGGCGAAGGCGAAGGCGAAGGUGGCCGUGAAGAGGAAGCGUCCUGUGAUCCCGGACGCAGAGCUCGGGUUUCGGCUGUUCAAGGUGCGCGAAGCCAAGAGGUUUUCCAUGCAGUCCACGGAGGACGACAUGCGCAAGGAGCUCCGGACCGCCGGUGUCUACGCCGCCCUCCCUGGCAGGGAGGGCGCGGCGGAGACACUGCCGACUUCUACCGAUUUCUGCCGAUUUGGUGCUCCGGUCGACCCGAUCCGGCUCCUCGAUCUGGCCGAGCAGGCUCCCGAGGGCCGUGCGUCCCCGAGCGCCCCAGAGCUCUUCAGGGCGCGCCCGGAGGGCGGGCCCGGCCGCCCCCUGCGCGGGGGCCGUCCUCGCGGCGCGCGCGGCGGGGUCGCCAUGGCCGGCGGGGCCGCCCGGCUGCCCGCGCUGCUGGCCGCGGGCUGGGCGGGCGCGCGCGGCGUGGAGCAGCCGGCGGCGGCGAGGCCUGCCGCCUCCGCCUGCUGGACGGGCGACUUCACCUUCCAGCGCUGCUGCCUCCAGCGGUCCGCGGCGCAGGACUGCUGGCAGGGGGCCUACACCUACGAGCGCUGCUGCCUCGCGCACCCAGUGCUCGCCCGCGCCGACGUGGACGCCGCCCUGGCAGGAGGGGGCAGCUGGGCGUGCGGCUGCGCCGCAGGGCAGGCCGCCUCCUCAGGGGCGGGCGGCGCGUGGGACUGGUGCGGGGCGCGCCGGGCCGCGAUGCUCGGCUGGGACCUCGGGCCGCUCUACGCCCAGUUCCUGCACCUGGGCCAGGCCACGCUGUCGGCGUGCCCCGUGGGGGCCCUGCUCUUCGCGGUGGCCGACGCGGCCUCGAAGGCCAACCAGGGCGUGGCGCCGGCCAGCUCGCCGGCCCUGCUGUGGGCGGACGAGCUCGUGACGCUGCUGGUGGCGGCCGCGGGGCCCGCCCUGCUGGAGCGGUGGGUAGACUCUGGGUGGAACGUGUUCCUCAUGGCCUCGCACCUGCGGCGCCGCCUGCGGAGCGCGCCGCCGGCGGGCGGGGAGGCCGACGAGGCGUGCGCCGUGGACGGCGGCGCGGAGGGCGCCUUCCUGCGGCAGGCCGCGGAGAUGAUCCAGGGCGGGGCGGCGGUGCCGCUGCCGGCCGCCGCGGCCUUCCUGGCCGCCCUCGAGGGCGGGAGCUGCCCGCCGCCGGGCGCCGCGCAGGCCGGCGGGGCGGCGGGCUCCGCGGGGCACCGGGGCUGCUGCCUGCCCCGCGCGCUGGGCUUCGCCGCCCUGGCGGACGCGUCGGCCGUCGCCGGGCGCGUCCAGGAGAGCCGGGAGUUUCUGGGGCUCGCCAGCGGGGCGCUGGCCUCCGCCGUCGGCGGCGGAGCCCAGGGCGCCUUCGUGGCGAUGCUGCGCUCGAAGUGGCCGCUCGUGGACGCAGUGGAUCGCCUCUUCCAGCAGCCGACCAUCGAGCUGAAGGUGGCCGACACGAUCAGGGGCAUGCUGCGCAAGGAGCCCCAGGGCGCGCUGGCGUCCCCAGGCAGCUUCCAGAUGCGCAUCUUCCCGCGCAGGGAGAUCGUGUCCAACAUGAUCCGGUUCGUGCGCACUCCCUUCUGCGGCAUGCGGCCCUUCCUGCUCCUGAUUGAGCGCAUCGCGGCCUCCGCGAGCACCGCGCCCGGCGUGCUCACCUUCGUUGAGGGCGGGCCGCACGUGGGCGACUGCACUCUGUGGGCCGCAGCUGCGCUCGAGUCGGCUGGAACAACUUUCUUCGCAGCGGGGUACGAGCCGCUCCCGGACGCAUCCGCGCUGUUCCGAGACAGCGUGCUCGCCAACAGCUGGGACGGUCGGGUGGUGGUCGUGCCGCGCGCGCUCGGUGCGAGCGACGGCGAGAAGGUGACACUCGCGUAUUUCCCAGGUCACAACGGCGAGGGCACUACCGUGCGCGCCGCGGCCGACGCGCACUGCGGUGAGUCGUGCACUGGCUUCUCGGAGAUCGCCACCGUGACGCUGGACUCCUCCUGGCCUGCACUGCGUGCCGGGCGCCUGGACAUGCUGAAGUUGUCGGUCAACGGCGAGGAGCUGAACGUCCUGCGCGGCGCGCGAGCGCUGCUCGCCAAGCGGCAAGUGUGCAGCGCGCUGGUGCACGUGACUAAGGACGCCCAGCGCGGCUACCUCGACAGUGCUGCGGCCGCUGACGCCGCGGAGAGCGGUCUGGAGGGCGCUGGCGGGGCGGCUGGCGGCGAUCCUGGCGAGCCCCGCGGGUUCGCGCCCGAGCUGUGGAACCUGCUCUCCGUGGCCGGCGGGCUGGAGUUGCUGCACCACCUCGACGAGGACACCACCAGCCAGGUGGCCUCCCACGACAGGAGAGGGAGCGCCCGAGCACCCGCCGGCUCCGCUCCGCGGCGGAGCUGGACGCGGUCUUCCGGGCGGAGGCCUCCCCGCACGACUACCUCGUGGCGCGGCAGGAGCACGCGGGGCCGGGUACGCCCUGCGAGGGCAGCGUCGUGCUGCACCACUGGGGCGCCGUCUUCGGCUGAGGCAGGGCGCCUUGGGCAACGGCGCGCGCUCCUCCUCCUCCUCCUCCUCCUCCUCCUCCUCCUCCUCCUCCUCCUCCUCCUCCUCAGCCAGCACGCAGCGGCGGACAUCAUCGUGUGCUGUACAGGGCCAGUGCCGCGAAAACGUGGAGUCUGCGGCACAGGCGGCGCCGCGCUUUUGAUCUGCGCUUCGGGGUUGCGGGCUGCAGCGCCCCCCGCCCGCGUCAGCAACCUGACGUGCGGAGCCUGGGCGUUUCCGUUGGAGCUCAACACCUCCUCCAUUCGCCGGUCGCCAGUCCGCGCUAAUUUGCGGGGCGCGGGCGUGCUCUGGAGGCCCUGCUCGGCGCACGCGUUCUGCGCCGGGGCCGGCCGGCUGUGA